AUGGCGGCCAAGAUGGCCCUGAGAGGAGUUUUGAGAUGGGUAUGUAUGCUUAAUUCCUGUUAUUUAUACUCAAAACAAAAUGAAUGUAUACUCUUACUAGAAAGAAAAACCUCGUCUUCACUGAUUAUUAUGCCUUUUUCAACUUACAUGUUAAAUAACUGCGUAAUAUUCGCAGUUUCGCUAAAUUCAAUUUGGAGAUAAUGUACCUGCAUGUUCUUGGAAAGCCAAUAUUCUAAUGAUUUGACAGAAAGGUAAAAAAAAAUUUGUAUAAAAACAAACAAAUAAACAAACCCCCUAUAAACUUUAGAAUACUCAGCUACUUAUUAAGUUACAUCUUUCAAAGUAUUAACAAAUUGCAUAAAUAGAGGUUAAAAAAUAUAUAAGAAAUAGUAAUAAUAACAUAUUCCUCCCAUUCUCAUUCCCAACAGAGGGGCCGUUUUCUAGUUGCUGUCUCAGUUCCCGUCCUUGGUGCACCGUUUUUGUCAACAGUAAAGGCUGGUUCCAUUAAAGUCCAUCCCAGGGAGGUAAAAAUGAGAGAUUAAUUAUAUGUGAAUAAAGUUAUUUUGUUGUUAAGCUGUUGUUUGGGACAUUCCAUGUUUUAUCCACAACCCCCUCUCCCUCCACCUUAGGAUGGUGAAGUUUAGAUGGGACAAGGAGGGUUGGAUUUUUCUUUAAAGAAGCCAACAAAAUUUUCAGACAAAUUUUCCAAUGGUGCCAGCAAAAAAUGAACUCUUCUGAUUUCUUUUUUUCAAAGGCUGCGGAAAGAAAUUUGAGGGUUCAGAUUCCAGUCAUUUUUAGGGGGAGGGGAUAAAAAAUGGAAUGCCAUUUUCUUAAAGAAGUUACUGAAAACGAAUAAAGCGUUCUCCUUGAUACCAAUUAAAACAUACCUAAAUCUUGAAAUUUUAUUUCAGUUGGAAAUUUAUGAUCCUGUAGUUGAUUCAACACAAAAUACUGCAAAGCCAGCAGAGGAGCCAGUCACUGAGAUGGAGCAGAAAGUCUCUGUGGCAAGAAAAUUUGUUUGGGGAUGGACAUCCAAGGUGAAGGUAAGCAACGGGAGUGGUCAAGUCAGUGAUGUGGGUUUUUCAUGUGUAGAGAGUGGAGAGUUAGGUAAGAUGCGGUGUGAGAAAAAUUGGGACCACCUGGUCACUAAUAAAGAGACUUGACAGUAACUUGAAGCUAGUUUCCUAACUAUUUCUCCUGUCAAAUGUCUUGUAAAGUGUUGUUUGAGCAAUAUGGCGAGAAAAGUAAGAAAUUAAUUGUCAAAUCUAAGCUGCAAUUGUCUAGCAGCUGACAUAGGUUUUGUCAUGAAAUGCUUUCUGUCCAGAGAGACUUGUUUAUAGAAAGAAUCAGUAAGGCUAGGAUCAGUCAAAUGACCUUGGGUUAUGGUUUGUGGUAACGUCACAAAACAUGAUGCGAAAUGUCUAUAGUGGGUCCUCACUUGGAUCUUGCUGAGAGUUUGACAAAAACACAUCAAGUCACCAAGGCUAUUAUAGCAAAAAGGUUGCAGUGGAUUUAACAUCAAACACAUUUAAGCUUGGACCCAUUUGCUUAAACUUGGUCUGGUUAUCAUGUUUAUUUCACAACUGUUUAAACCUAAAAGUAGAAUUCCUAUCUAUAUAACACCUAACAAAGUGCCUGUAACUGAACAUUUCUUUAUAUUCAACAGGAUGGUAUUUCACAAGUUAGGACUACAUACUCAUCUGUGGAAGAGAAAUCAUUUGGUGUGUAGACUUACUUUAUGCAGACAUAAUGUUUUGUUGCCUACAGCACAAAGACAUUAAAUAUUUAAAAUUAGAAUGCGCUGAAGACCAAUUAUUAAUUAUUAAUUAUUCUUCAAUGAAAUUUCUCUAAUUCAAGCUUCAUUUUAUUGCCAGUCAAGUGCCUCGUAGUUUGAUGUUGUUGUUAUUUUAGUGUUAGUACAGUGAUAUUGCUAAAAAUAGUUGUGGUGAGUCCAGGUCUCAGAGGUAACAAAAUCACUGCUUAGUGUCAUUGAGGUUAGGUAUAGUUAAAGUUACACAAUGCAUUCCUGUUGGCAAGUUAGAAUCAUUCCACAAUAACAUUUGCUAGAAGCACAUUCCAAAGACUAAAUUUGUUGUUUAGACCAGAUGCAAAGGAAAGAAAAUCAGCUCGCAGCCAGUCAUGGUCACUCCUUGGUAGAAUUAUUAUCAGUGUUUUUAAAUAAGUAUUUCAUUCAAGAGUAAAACAUGGUAACUGUUCAGCAUACAGAGAAAUGGAUAAGGUAAUAAAGGUAAAACAACGGUAGAAGAGGAAUUUAAUGUAUAAAGGUCAUUCUCUUGCCGCAGUCAGUCACAAACUUACAUCUAACUUAUUUCCUUGUCAGUGUGAUCGUGUAUACAACCAAAAAGCUAUUACAGGGAACUACUUUAAUGAUUGAGCAUGGAGAAAGUUCUCUGUUGCAUUUAUUUAUGUAAUGAAUAAUCUUUCAAUCAUGUAUUAGAGACUUUAAUACAAUGUAUCAUCAUGAAAGAUAUUGUUCAUCGUAGAUAAUUUAUUUAUUUUUUAUCAUUCUCCAUGCAGAGUUUUGGGAACUAAUUCAGACAGAUACAACAUUUCAAAUGAAAGUUGGUGGAAUAAGUGCAGCUGUUUUGGUUGGUGCAGUUUUGGCUGGAAGGGGGCGUAAGUAGAAUAUUUGUCUGUCUUAUGAGCUUUUAAAAGUAGGGAGCAAGAGAGGCAGAGAGCUGAAUCAUACCAUGUAAGGUAAUCCAGAUUCCAGAAUGGGGGAAAUCUUUGCUUGUGGAAUCCAAAAUCUGAGAAAUCUUACUCGUGGAAUCUGGAAUCCUGGGCUUUGGAUUCCGGAAUCCCACUAACAAUUGGAAUCCAGUACUUGGAAUCUGGAAUACAUGAUAUGGAAUCCAGAAUCAAAGACUGUCUUGGAUUCCCUUGCAUGGGGUGUGCUGAAAGCAUUCAGUUUCCACCAAUGUGACCAGGGUUAAAAUCCCAGAGAUGAUACCAUGUUUGGGUUGUGUUUAUCGUCUUGUCCAAGUUGAAUAAAUGGUUACUGGAAUUUUUCCAGCCAUCAUGUCUCCUUUUUUGGUGAAUUAAAAAUGAGAGUAGUUACUUAUCAUUAUCAUACAACUACUAUCGCAUUUCUGUUACAAUUCUGUUGUAACAGUAAUAUUUCAAAAGUUGCACAAGAGGUACUAUGAUCACAGCACAACACCACCACAAUGCCACUGGUAAAAAAGCGNAUAUUGUUCAUCGUAGAUAAUUUAUUUAUUUUUUAUCAUUCUCCAUGCAGAGUUUUGGGAACUAAUUCAGACAGAUACAACAUUUCAAAUGAAAGUUGGUGGAAUAAGUGCAGCUGUUUUGGUUGGUGCAGUUUUGGCUGGAAGGGGGCGUAAGUAGAAUAUUUGUCUGUCUUAUGAGCUUUUAAAAGUAGGGAGCAAGAGAGGCAGAGAGCUGAAUCAUACCAUGUAAGGUAAUCCAGAUUCCAGAAUGGGGGAAAUCUUUGCUUGUGGAAUCCAAAAUCUGAGAAAUCUUACUCGUGGAAUCUGGAAUCCUGGGCUUUGGAUUCCGGAAUCCCACUAACAAUUGGAAUCCAGUACUUGGAAUCUGGAAUACAUGAUAUGGAAUCCAGAAUCAAAGACUGUCUUGGAUUCCCUUGCAUGGGGUGUGCUGAAAGCAUUCAGUUUCCACCAAUGUGACCAGGGUUAAAAUCCCAGAGAUGAUACCAUGUUUGGGUUGUGUUUAUCGUCUUGUCCAAGUUGAAUAAAUGGUUACUGGAAUUUUUCCAGCCAUCAUGUCUCCUUUUUUGGUGAAUUAAAAAUGAGAGUAGUUACUUAUCAUUAUCAUACAACUACUAUCGCAUUUCUGUUACAAUUCUGUUGUAACAGUAAUAUUUCAAAAGUUGCACAAGAGGUACUAUGAUCACAGCACAACACCACCACAAUGCCACUGGUAAAAAAGCGACUGAAACAUUCAGUGAUUUAAUUCCUUUUUAGAGAAGAUCAGAACUUAACUGUUUAUCUUUCGUCUGCGGUAUUUAACUUCUAGGUCGGCCAAUCAGAAGGAUAUUUUAUUCUGCUGUGCUGGGAACAACUGCUGCAGCUAUCUGUUAUCCAAAUCAAGCGGUUGAUGUAGCAUUGGCUAAUUACAAUAGACUAAAGGUGUAUACAAGAGAACAGUGGCACAAGUUCAACCAGACAAGAACAGAACAGGCCGCUUCCAAGAAGCUUGAGAGUCCCGUUAACGACACGGAAAUUUCCAAAGAUCAAGAUAAACCCACCGAAAAUGUGCCCGAGCAAGCUAAUGUGGAGCCAAGAGAAGACAAAGUUGAAGUUAAAGAAGCGCCUGAAGAAGUUCCAGAAGAAAGGGUUGUGGCAGUUGCUGAGCAGAAGCCGAAGACAUCAUUCUGGAGCAAUAUCCCGUUUCUUGAUAAGUUCAUCGGCAGCCGGGAAUCAGCAACAGGUGAUGAGGUUAGUCCGCCAGUAGCCGUCGGUGAGGGAGAGGAUGUGAAAGGGUCUGGAGGUAUUAAAGACCAAGUUAUGGUUCAACAAGAGUCUAGAAGUCAAGAAGUAAAGAUCGAAGGAGACAUUGGACAGUCCAACCCAGAAGACAAGGACAUGUACUCAACACGAUCAUGA